GGGACAGAGCUUCAGCUGAAGCCGAGUGCAAGGGGCAGUUCAGUUUCACUUUCGAAGGUGCAGAGGAGGGAGAUAUUCUCUUAAUUUGUAGGUAAAUCUUCAAACUAGUCCUGCAGUCAUUACUACCAUUUUAAAUUACUCUUGGGGGUUUUUUUUGGUUGGUUGGUUUUGUUUUUGUUUUGUUUUGUAUUGCUUUUUUGGACCUCCCAAUAACACAGGUGCCUCCUGACUCUCCAAGUCCGUCCAGAAUUUGAGCUGUGCCAAGACGACUUUCUUCAGUUUUGGAACUAUACAGAGCUCUCCAUAUAUCAUUAAGGCAUGAUCUAAUAGCAUUAACAGCUUGAUUCAAUAAUUAACAAGAAAUUGCAAAAAGACAAGGAAACUGCUGCUGAUAACCACAAACAACUUGGCUGUGGGAAAGGAACAGCUGUGUCAUUCUAUUUAAAAGAGAGCCUGAGACGAAGAAACCCGAGUUCUUCUAGGGCAGGUGAGCAGCCUCUGGGGAGGCUGUUGUUACUGUCGAUUUAUUUGACUUGGUGCUGGACCCUCCCUGCACCUCAGGUACUGAUUUCAUUUCCAGCAGGAAAUGAAAAACAUUUAUUUAUUUCUCCUUUCCAUCUUACCUUUUCUUUUGAAAGUCACUGGCACCAAAGAUGUUAUAUUUGGUCAUAAUAAUUUCACAGAGUAUCAAGUGGGAAACAUGAACCUCAUUCUCUCUGUCCCACAUGGUGGGUCCAUGGAACCUAAAGACAUCCCUGAUCGAGAGGCUGCCUGUUGGGAUGCGAAGACAUCCUCUUGUAUUUUCUCUCAUGACUGCCCUCCUGGAAGUAUUCAAAAUUCUGAGAAAUGCAAAGUAUCUACCAACCAAGACAGGUAUACUAUAGAGGUGGCUCAGGCUCUUGCUGAAGAAAUCAACAUUACUCAUGGCUUCUUCCCACAUAUCAUCAUAAACCACCUACAGAGGUUCAAGAUGGAUGCUAACAGGGAAAAGGAAGAAGGCUCCUUUGGAAUUCCCCAAGCAGAACAGGCCUGGGAGGACUAUAUGGGAUUUUUGACCACUGCAAAAUCACAGAUGUCAGAGGGCCUAAUUCUGGAUAUCCAUGGACAAGCACAUCCUGAAAGGUGGAUAGAACUAGGUUACACACUUUCAAAAACUUCCCUUAACUCAGGUGUCUUUUCUGCCUUGAAUUCCUCAAUUAGCCAUCUGGCCAGUCAGCUAGUAAAUGUGUCUUCUGAGACUUUGGUUGCAGGGAACAGAAGUUUGGGUAAAUAUAUUGAAGAACAAAAUAAGAGUUAUGUUUGUGUGCCUUCUCCAUCCAAUCCUAGCCCAAAUAAUGGAAACUAUUAUAGCGGUGGGUACAUAACAAAGACUUUUGGUUCCCGUAGUUCUGGCACCAUUGAUGCCAUUCAGCUUGAAUUGCCCCAGUGGGUGAGAGCAGCUGAAGAGCGUCACAGAUUUUGUAAAGCACUGGCAAGGGCUGUAAUGAAAUUCUGGCAAGCUAACUACUGCAGCCAGUACAAGCACAAACUUCUGCCAUGCUGAAAGAAGCAGUCUUGUUAAGAUAUCUGUUCUUAAUAGUGAUCUGGAACAACCAAACAACUCAUUCAGCUGGAACAUUUAAGCCUGCAAAAUAAUUGUGGAUGCUGAUAGAAAGAAACCAUCCUGCAAAGGAAUGCAUCAACAUAGAGGAAAUCCACAGUUAACACCAACAAAUCCAUUAACACAUAGCUUUGCACCAGGCCCAGCAUUGAAAAGACUGAUGUAAGAUGAGUGGGUGCAACUAUCACUUGCCUGUGCUUAAUUUCUUUCCAGUCUCAUCCUCUGUUUUGAAGCACAUAAUAAACAAUCUUCUA